AUGCUGGAUGCGGUUAGGAUGAAGGAGGCCUGCAGGAUCUGCGCCCGUGAGCUCUGCGGGAACCAGCGGCGCUGGAUCUUCCACCCGGGGGCCAAGCUCAACCUCCAGGUGCUGCUGUCCCACGCCCUGGGCCAGGAGCUGACCCGGGACGGCCGCGGGGAGUUCGCCUGCUCCAAGUGCUCCUUCAUGCUGGAGCGCAUGUACCGCUUCGACACGGUGGUGGCGCGCGUGGAGGCGCUGUCCCUGGAGCGCCUGCACAAGCUGCUGCUGGAGAAGGAGCGCCUCCGCCACUGCAUCGGGGGCCUCUACCGCAGGAACAACCCCCAGAGCUGCGGGGCGGCCCCCCCCGAAGCCACCCCCCUCCCCGAAGACCCCCCCGUGGUGGUGGACCUGUCGGCCCUGCAGGACGCCCGGUACUCGGACCUGAUCCAGGACGACCUGGCCUACUCCGUGUACGAGUCGUGGGCGGAGAAGGAGGACCCCCCCGUGGAGCCCCUGCUCCACCAGUGCUCGGGGGAGUCCGGCCUGAGGCCCAGGCGCUGCCGGGGCUGCGCCGCGCUGCGGGUGGCCGACUCCGACUACGAGGCGGUGUGCAAGGUUCCCCGGAGAGCCGGGCGCCGCAGCACGUCCUGCGGGCCGUCCACCCGCUACUCAACAGCCACUCUGAACGUGGAGGACCCGGCCAGAGCCUCCGAGGCCUCGGCCGGCCCCUGCCAGUCGCCCCCGGCCGGGAUGGAGGAGGAUAAGACCCUCUGUGACCAGAGCAGCCCCAGCCCCGCCUCGUCGGUGGAGUCCCUGGACACCACAGUGGACGCUGGCUGCAGCCCUGCCGACCACAAAGGCGGGGAGGACGCAGUGCCCCCGGCUCAAGAGGGCAGGGGGCCCCUUCUGAGUGAGGGCCCCCCGGGUGGGCUGGAGGUGAUGCUGAGCCUGGUGCGGGGCUGGGAGUACCGGCCGGUCAGGCCCCACAGGGGCAGCAGGCUCCCGGUUCUGGUCAAAACCAAGUUGGAGCACGGCCUGUGCCUUCACCCCUCCGUCCCAGAGAGGUCGCCUUGCGGAGGGCCCCCAGACUACGAGCUGUACCCCCACCACACCAUCCCGGAGGUGGUGGUCGGCUGCCCCCAGCAGGAGCUGCAGGCCGAGCUGGCAGAGAUGGAGGAGCAGUGGCUGGACGAUUACGUCCAGUGUGGGCCAUUCCGCUUCCAGCAGAGGCUGAUUGACCAGCAGCAGGGUCAGCUCAGUGAGUACGAGGGCGCCGCCGCUCAGUGUGUGGCCGAGCUGCAGAAGGCCCAGCAGCAGGUCCGCUCCCUGCAGGCCAAGAUCAGAGCCAGCGAGUCCAGGAACCAGAAGCUGCAGGGACACCUGGCUGAGAUGGAGCUGGAGCUGCGCUCGGCCCGCGAGGAAGCCCAGCAGCAGGAUCGGAACGUCCAGAACCUCAGUGACACCCUCAACUCCAGGGAGGCAGAGACGGCGGAGUUUUGCAGGGUGAUUGAGGAGCAGAAUAAGAUGCUGUGCUCCCUCAAAGAGCUGGCCAACCACAGCCAGAUGCAGCAGCUGCAGGGCUCCGGGGCCGAGGCCCUCCAGAGUCAGGUUCUGGCUCUGCAGGCCUCUCUGUUCCAGGCCCAGCUGGAGCUGGAGGCCGGCCAGCGGGCCCAGCAGCAUGCAGCCCGGGUCCAGGAGGACCAGAACCGGGCCCUGGAGCGGCUGGAGACCGCCCUGCAGGGAGCGCUGCAGCACCGGAGGGAGACGGAGAGACACAACCAGGAGCUGCAGCUGGCUCUGCAGGAAGCCCGGUCAGCUCUGCAGCAGAGAGAAGAGCUGCUGGGAGAGAGAGAGCAUGAGCGGCAGAGGGAGAAGGAGGAGAAAGAGAGGAGCAUCGGAGAGCUGAGGGCCUCCCUGCUGACCAAAGAGCAGCUCCUGGAGGACUACUUUGAGAUGUUGGAGGACCCAAAGGAGAAGACAGAUUCUAUGCUUCAGAAACUCCGGCAGCGAAUAAAAGAAAGGGACAGAGCUUUGGAGCGAGCGGUGGACGAGAAGUUCCGCUGGGUGGAGGAGAAGGAGGAGGACUCCCACCGUCUGCAGCUGCUGCUGCGGGAGAAGGAGCGGGACCUGGAGAGGCAGCGCUGCGUGCUGGCCCACAACCAGGAGACCAUCGCGAGCCUGGAGCUGCUGGUGAGGGGGAAGAGUCUGGAGCUGGGGCAGGCGUGCGACGCCUGGAGGAGCCUCCAGCAGCAGCAGCAGGCCGGAGAGGAGCGGCAGGCCCGCCUGCUGAGGGACCGGGAAAACGUCACGGAGCAGCUGCAGGCGGCGCUGACCGCCCGCACGCAGGAGGCCCAGGACCUGCGCUGCUCCCUGCUGGCUCGGGUCCACUGUGCUCCAAACGAGGUUCUGGAGGAGCUGAAGGUCCGCCUCCAGCUGAAGGACCGCCUCUUCCAGGAAGUGCUGGCAGACCGAACCCAUCAGGCCCGGGAGCAUCAGGAGCAGGUCCAGGAUCUGCUCCGAACCAUCCGAUCCAGAGACCAGUACAUUAAGGACUCGGCGAGCCAGCUCAGUGAGGUCAUCACGGAGCAGGCGGCCAGGCUCCAGGAGCUUCGCACGCAGAUGAGCUCAGGCUUUGGAGCCAGGCCCGACCCGGGACCGGACCUGAGCUUGGAGCUCCAAGCGGUGCAGGAGGAACUGCGUCUGGCCUUCAGGAGGGAGAAGGAGAGCCAGGAGCUGAGCAGGGGUCAGGCCGCCCGGCUGGACUCCCUCAGCAGGAGUCUGCGUGUGAAGGAGGAGACCGUCAGGGAGCUCCAGAGCCAGUUGGUGGGUCCAUUAGAACUUCCUCUGGUUGAGCGACUGACCCAGGAGGUCCAGGAGCUGAGGGAGCGCCUGGUUCAGCAGGACGCUCCUGCAGCUAGAGGCCCCAACUUUAGGCUGCCUGAGUUUGGAGAACUGAGCUCUGAGGAGGAAGCAGACGAGGACCUGAACAGCGAGUACACCGAAAGCGUUGGUGAAGAAGAGUCCAGCGUCCAGCGGCGUGGAGCUCCUGCGGCCUCCCAGGACCUGCAGCUGGACGGCCAGAGCCUGAUGGUGGUCAAACAGCUGGUGGGGCAGAAGGAGGUGGUGGAGCGGGAGCUGGGGGAGCUGAAGGGGCAGCUGGAGAGGGCUGGCUUCUCCUCGCUGUCCCAGAUGAGGAAGGCUCUGUUCAGCCUGCAAGCAGAGAAUAAAGACUUAAAGCAUCAGCUGGCUGACCGGAGGCAGCAGGAGGAGGAGGAGGAGGAGCUGGAGGUGACCAUAGAGGAGGAGGAGGAGGAGGAAGAAGAGGAGGAGGAGAUCUCUGAACUGUGGGACGCCUGGGAUGGAGAGCUGGCUCAGACCAGCAGGACUAAGCCACAGCAGGACGAGCCGCCGGCCGGCCGGCCGAAGGACGCCACACCCUCCCAGAAGAGCGAGAAGACGGUGCAUCUGCAGCAGGAGAGCAAAGAGCUGCAGGAGAGGCUGAUGGUGUCCGAGGCCACGGUGCAGGCUCAGGCCGAGCAGCUCAAAGACUACCGAGAGCUCCUGACUGAAACAGCCGUGCGGCAGGACAGUAAGCAGAUCCAGGUGGACCUGCAGGACAUGGGCUACGAGACCUGCGGACGGAGCGAGAACGAGGCCGAGCGGGAGGACGCCAGCAGCCCCGAGUUCGAUGACCUGGAGAUGUGCACGUCCCUGGACUGUGGCUCUCAGUGGUGGCCUGCUGGCGGCAGGGGUGGCGGCCGGGGCCCCGGCGGUCAGGGCCCCGGCGUCCAGGGCCCCGGGGACGAGGCCUCGUCCCUCCAGCGGCUGGUGGAGGACCUGCGCUCGCAGCUGUCCCGCUCUCAGGGGGUCAUCCGCGGCCUGCAGAGCCGCCUGCGCUCCCUGUCCACCUCCAGCGACUGCAGGCCCCCCACCCCACGCAAAGUCAACUGGUCCUUCCAGGCCUCGCCCUCCCAGAGCGGGACGGAGGAGGACGAGGGCUGGCAGUCGUCCGACGGAGGCGCGCUGGCCUCCCCCCGUCACCCCCACCCGGACAGGGGCCUCCGGGAGCUCUCGUCCCGGGUGGACGCGCUGGAGAACCAGCUGAGGAGAGGUGGAAAGACUUCUGAAGAGGAUGGAAAGUCAGCAGCUUGGCCAGGUAAAUUUGACGGUCUGAUCCAGUCCCAGGCCAGAGAGCUGUCCCACCUGCGCCAGCGGCUGCGCGAGGGGCGGGGCGUGUGCAGCAUCCUCACCCAGCACCUGGGCGACACCACCAAGGCCUUCGAGGAGCUCCUCCGGGCCAACGACAUCGACUACUACAUGGGCCAGGGCUUCCGGGAGCAGCUGGCCCAGAGCGGCGCCCUGGCCCAAAGGGUCAGCGCCAAGAUCAGCGGACGAGAUCACUCCGAGGAUCCAGAUGAGAAGACGGAGCUGCUGGCCAUCCAGCUCAGUAAGGAGCUGCAGCAAAAAGACAAAGUCAUCGAGUCUCUGCGCGCCAAACUCAGCCAGCACCAGCACCACCAUCAUCAUCCUCAUCAUCGCUCAGACACCCCCAGCAGCAGCCACGCCCUCUCCGACACCACCGACCAGUCCGACCGCAUCUCCUACGUGUCUGACGAGCACGGGUCCACCAACGAGGACCUGGAGCUGUGCUCGGACGUGGAGGGCGUCAGCGAGGCGGCUCAGGAGGAGGCGCGCACCCCCACCAGAGGGGGCACAGAUUGUCACUCUCAUCACGGUGUCCUGUCCUGCCAUGCGUCUGCCCCUUCCUCCGUCACCUCACACCAAAGCUGUCCCAGCAUGCAAUGCUCCGGCUCGUCGUGCAAACCUGCGGAUGUGCUGAGUCACUCAGCUCCCACCUUCAGCUCUGCCCCCUGUCCCUCUCUCCCCUCCCGCCCCCAGAAGGCCCCCUUCUCCCUCCGCGCCCCCACCUCAAACCUGCGGGCCCGUCACCAGCGCGGCGGGGGGGCGGGUUUCACCCUGGCUGAGGUGCAGCAGGAGCUGCAGAUGCUGCAGAGGCAGCUGGGAGGCGGAGCCAGGUUCUCCACUCCACAGCCCAAAGCUCUGCACGGAUUGGGCCUCCAGCCGCCUGCAGACUCCUCAGGCUUCCCGCCUCUGUCCUACCAGAGAUUCCAGCCCUCUCCCUUUACCAGAGCGGCCAGCAGCAGCAGCCUGGACGCCAGCCUGGCCGCAAAAGCAGGGUCCAGCCUGCUGGAGAGCAGUGCGUUGUGGGACACGACCUACGGUGCCCGCCCAACGAGGAUCGGAGCCGACCUGUCCUCUGGAUCGUCGGGCUACCAGUCGGGCACGAGCCACACAGGCUCAGACCUGAUGAAGGAGCACCUGAAGGAGAUCAGGACUCUGAGGCAGAGGCUGGAGGACUCCAUCCAGACCAACGACCGCCUCCGGCAGCAGCUGGAGGAGAGGCUGGCUCGCACCAGUGCAGAAAAAGGUGCUCCAACCAACAUCUACAUCCAGGGUCUGGACUCCGUUAGCCAGCUUUCCAGUGAGAUUCUCCUACUAAAGAAGGAGAACGUCAGUCUGCAGCAGGCUGCCAGAGAGGGCAGAAAGGAGGCGGAGCAGCUGAGGGAGGCCGCGCUCCUGGAGAGGUCCAGGGUGAAAGAGGCGGGGCUAGAUGCUGCCAGGUGGGCGGAGCAAAGCCGAAAGCUGCAAGCUGAAGCUGAGGCUCGCAGCCAGGAGAUGGCCCAGCUGAAACAGGAUAGACAAAGGAACCAGGAAACCAUCACUAGACUGCAGCAUGAGGUGAGCGUCCUCCGACAGCAGCUGAGCGAGAGCCGCACGUUGGUCCAGACUCUUCAGAGGGACCUGCAGGCGUACGGCAACACGGGCUCCGUUCAAAUCAGCGACCGCGCCCAGCCGGCGACCUCUGACCCCAAAGAGCCGCACGUCCAGCUGGAACAGCAGCAGACCGGACAGGGCGGCGCCCAGCCCAGAGUCAAGAGACAGCUCUUCAGCGAUAAGGUGCCCUCGCCUCCGGUGAUGGACACCGGACUCGUGGGUCAGUCCUCUCCUCUCCAUCCUGCAAAGAAACAUGAAGCAGGAGCAGCUGAUCAGGCCGGUCUGGCUCUGCAGGGCCCAGCCAGCCAUCAGGGCCACCACGCAGUGGGCCACAUCCAGGACUUCGAGGCCCUGAGGCAGCAGCUCCUGGAGGGGAGUUCCCUCCUGCUGAAGAUGGAGGCCGCUCUUCUCUCUCUGAGCUCCUCUCAGGAGGUCCGGCUCCAUCAGCUCUCGGACUCGGGGUGGUUCGGAAAGCUGCUAUCAGACUGCAGAACCCUGAAACAGAUCCUGCUGGAGGCCGAUUCUCUGCUCUGGAGAGCAGCUCCUCCCGACUCAGAGGAAGCCUGUCAGGAUCAGUCUCUGAGGGACGAGGUGGUUUCUCUCCGUCUGAAGCUCUCAGACCAGGAGCAGGCCCUAAGGGACACCAUGGAGAGACUGAAGAGCUCCAACCUCACCAAAGAUAGCAUGGAGCACUUUAUAAUCAGCCAGCUGUCGAGAACGCGGGACGUCCUGAAGAAAGCAAAGACCAAUUUGCAGGAGAACAAACUCAGGAUGGCGUCCCUUUUCCAAGCGUCUCUCUCUGCCCCUCCCUCCUCCUCCUCCUUUUCCUCGUACCCCCGCCCUGUUAAAGGUGAGAGCACAGGAAGCUCCCACAGGCCCACCUUCUCUCCUGGUUGGAGCGUCCUGAUGCCCCGACCACUCUCCUCCUCUUCCUCCUCUUCCUCCUCCGCCCUCCAGCAGCGCCCCCUGCCGGCCGCCUGCUUCCUGUAG